CUGUAAUAGCAGGUAUACCGGUCCUGGAUCUGAGACCCAGAAGACCGUUCGUUCCCUACAGUCAGUUCAGUGCUCAUUGCACGUCCAAUCUUUCCUUCACAAUCAAUACAUUCAUUCUUUUGCUGGCAAGAUAUCAACUCCCGUUCUUUAUUUUAUCAUUUUCCCGAUUGUUUGAAACAUACACUUAGCUUUUGUUCUUAUAUCCGCGCAACAUUCACAAUGAAGUACCAAUGUCUGGCUUACAUGGGCAUUGCUGCCUUGAGUGCUUCGGGGUCUGUCUCAGCAACUCCCCUCGUUCGGCGAGGGGGCCAGUCGGUGUGUCCUUUCGGGUACACCCAAAGCGUCUACUAUGUGACGGUGACUGCUAGUUCCACCCCGGCAUUGACUCUAUCAUUUGAGCCCACCACAACUCUGGAGACCUCGUCGACCGUCACUGAGACCACGGUUAUCACUCCGGAAAUACCAGUCGAGACUCCCGCUCCCGUGGAAUCAUCACCCGCCGUGUCCGAGUCUCCUGCCCCGGUAGAGACCAGCGCACCCGCUAAACCUAUCACUACCUCUACCACCGAGCAGCCCGUGGUAGUUCCAACCUCCACUACCAAUGUCAAGCCCAUAACAGCAGUCGUCAAGCCCUCAGCUUCCAUUAAAGAGCCUGCAUCCCCAUCCACCACAGCUGAAGCCCAACCCACAACCGCAGCAGCAGAUCCCACAAGCAGCUCCCCCGAGGAAACCACCACUACCUCAGCUGCAGCAGCCGUCCCUACCAAAUCCUCAUCCACCGGCAACAACAAAUCCAGCGCCACAAACGCCGGCUCGGCCACCUUCUAUGGCGGCAACAUCUCCGGCGGAGCAUGCUCCUUCUCCGGCUACACGCUUCCCUCCAGCCUCUUCGGGACAGCCCUCGGCUCGCCUAGGUGGGACAACGCGGCCGAAUGCGGCGCCUGCGUCGCCGUAACAGGACCCAACGGGAAAACCAUCAAGGCCAUGAUCGUCGACAAAUGCCCCGAAUGCGAGAGCAAUCACCUCGACCUCUUCCAGAACGCCUUCGUAGAGCUAGCCGACAUCUCCAAGGGCGUGAUCGACAUCAACUGGUCCUAUGUCUCGUGCGAUAUCGACUCGCCCCUCAUCCUCAAGAACAAGGAGGGGACAUCUGCGUACUGGUUCUCGAUGCAGGUGGUCAAUGCUAAUGAGGCGAUUGUUUCGUUGGAGGUUAGUACCGACGGCGGAAGUACGUGGCAGAGCACGAAACGGUCGGACUAUAACUUCUUCGAGAAUACUUCUGGAUUCGGGACUGAGAAGGUUGAUAUUAGGGUUACGGGGAAGAGUGGGAAGGUUGUGAGGGUUGAUAAUGUGGGUGUUUCGUCGGGGGCGUCCGUUACUGCUUCUGGUAAUGUUUAGGGGCGUUCGUUCACUGUUUUGAACGUAAUGGUGGUGGUAGAUUUUUAAGAGUGGAGGGAGCGAGAUUAAGUAGUGUUCUCUUCUCUCUGGUCUUUAUUCUAUGUUGAUGCUUGGACAUUGGGGUUGAUGAUGAUCUCGUGACCUGAGCAUACAUUAUUCCUGCUCUCUUAACUUUCUUUCUCUGUACAUAUUCAUAUGAUGAUUACAAGAGUCCAGGGUUUGGGCGCACUUACGUGAUAUUAAGCCUGGCUCGCUUGCAUAACAUCAUAUACAAGAUAUGGAUGCUCUCAAACUACACUACAUAUUGAAAAGGAAGAAUUGCAUUCCGAUAACGCGC